CGCGCGUCGCGUUUGCACUUUGCACGAAUCGCGUCGACCUCGCGUUGCUCCGUGUUCCGCUGGCGUUUCUAACCUCGAAACAUGGGCGAUUCCGAGCAAGACCCGGGUGACCGGAUCGACGGCGAUAACCAGAAAAACGAUAAGAUGUUUACUCUGAAGAAGUGGAACGCCGUGGCCAUGUGGAGCUGGGACGUGGAGUGUGACACCUGUGCAAUUUGCCGAGUCCAGGUUAUGGAUGCCUGCUUACGGUGCCAGGCAGAAAGUAAGAAGGAGGUUUACGGCCGGCAAGACUGCGUGGUCGUUUGGGGCGAGUGCAACCACUCGUUCCAUUACUGCUGCAUGUCACUUUGGGUCAAACAGAACAAUCGUUGCCCAUUGUGCCAGCAGGAGUGGUCUAUCCAACGAAUGGGAAAGUAAUCCUUACGUACGCCAGCCACUAAUUUGACCGCAGCCUCUAAUUUUUUUUUCGCGACUAUGCAACCGUAUUGCAAUCCUAUGCAAUCGUAAUUAAUUACGAUGGAUUCACGCUACCGAGAAGUUGCACGUUGUAACGCCUAGCUGCAUUAACUAGUGUUGAAUUUAUUUUUUUUCUGGAAAUCUUCGCAAGUGAUAAUCAAAGUCAUCUGAUACCUUAGGCAAGGAUUAUUUUAUUGUAACAUAUAAUAAUGUUUAAUAAAUACUUGUAUAUAAAAUA